AUGGCCGCAAGAAUUUUUCGUUAUACGAUGUUGCUGUCUAUGGUAAUUCCCUCUACAUGUGUUCUGCCAGGCUAUUUCUCUCUCCCAGCCCAUGCAGAACGUGACGACAUAAUCGACCACUUCUUUCAUCUAGGUCUGGGUUACAGCGAGAUCUUGAUGUGUUUGUUUCUUUUGCACGGCAUUUGCUUAAGUAUUCGUCAACUAAAGCGAAUACUGAGAUGUCGUGGUCUUGGAAGAAGAGCUAAUAGGACUGAUCUACGGCAGGUUUGCGAAGCUAUCGAGGAGGAACUACGAGGCAGUGGUAGCACUAUUGGGUAUAGGCAAAUGACUCAGAGGCUGGUAGUUGAUCACGGGCUAGUUGUUGGCAAAGAGACAGUUAGAGAAUUGAUGAAGAUAUUAGAUCCUUAUGGUGUGUCCGCAAGAUCAAGUCGGAGACUCCGGAGAAGGCAGUACAGCAAAAAAGGUCCUAAUCACAUAUGGCAUAUUGACGGAUAUGACAAGUUGAAACCGUUUGGUUUUUGUGUACACGGUGCAAUUGACGGCUAUAGCAGAAGAAUCUUGUGGUUAGAAGUUGGUCCUUCUAACAAUGAUCCCUCUCUCAUAGCCCAAUAUUUUGUGGACACUAUCAGGCAAAUCGGUGGAACUGCCAAGAUAAUACGUGGUGAUGGGGGAACAGAGAAUGUUUAUGUCGCUGCUGUACAGCGCUUCUUUAGACGUGAUGGGGACGACAGUUGGGCUGGAGAUAAAAGUUUCUUAUAUGGAAAAUCCGUUGCUAAUCAGCGUAUAGAGGCUUGGUGGGGUAUUCUAAGAAGAGGCUGCUCGGACUGGUGGAUCCGUUUUUUCCAAGAUAUGAGGGACUCCGGUCUUUACUGCGCAAACGAUGCAGUACAGGCUGAAUGUCUUAAGUUUUGCUUCAUGCCUCUCAUCCGCAAAGAGCUUUAUAAAGUGGCUGUAUUGUGGAACUUACAUAAGAUAAGGCCAACGAACAAUGCUGAGUCUCCAAGUGGUCGACCAGACCUGCUUUAUUUUGUGUCAGACGUUACUGGAGGAGCAGACCUUAAACAAGAUGUGGACAUUGAUGAUAUUGAACUUGCGGAGCAAAGAUGUUGCUAUAGGUAUGCAGAAAGUGGCUGUUGUGUCGAGUUCACUCAGUUAGCAUCAAUUAUAAUGCAGGAACAAAACCUUGAUAUGCCUGAGACAGCCGAAGAUGCAGUCACCUUGUACUCUACCUUACUUCAGAGCAUGGAUGAUUUAGUAUAA